UCUCGGUCACGCCGCGCAUGCAUCUCGUAUGUUUUCCCUGCUUGAGUUAAAUGGCCUCUAAAUUAACUUCUAGACUCUUUGAAUUGACCCGCCUGGUCUCUUCCUGCCAAACCUCCACCAGCGCCUCCAGCUGCAGCGGACGGUUUACGGUGAAACAUGACCGACAGAACCACCGCUUCACCAUCACCGCGGGAAGCGGCGAAGGAGCCGAUGACUGCGCGGUGCUGAAAUACAAGUUCACAGGCCAGAAGGAGGUGGACCUCAUGUCCACAUUCGUUCCUGAGACGUUUCGAGGCCAAGGCAUUGCAGCAGUGUUGUCAAAGGCAGCCAUGGAUUUUCUUGUAGAGGAGAACCUAAAGGCUCAUGUCUCCUGCUGGUACAUAAAGAAAUACAUUGAUGAGCAGCCUCAGCAGCAGUAUAAAGACUACAUCAUCCCCUGAAGGCAGCUUGUUAUUCCAAAGUGGACCAGACUGCAACCAAUCUACAAUUUAUAUAGAAGCACAAUGCACUUCAAGUGAAAUCAAUUUCAUUUGUUUUGUAAAUCUGUAAAUGAUCAUGAAUUAAAUUUUUGUAGCAAGUUUAGCAAAAAUGUAGACCAUUUUUAAAUAAGCUUUAAAGUUGCCAUUAAUAUGUUUGUAAUUUAUAAAUGAUCUGUAAACUCUAUUCCUAUAUUUUUGUUAA